GACUGCACCGGGCCUGCGAGAGGGAGCCCCUCGAAGAAGAACAGGCUUUCGCUGAAGCUCUUCCAAAAAAAAGAAGCGAAGCGAGCGCUGGAUUUCAACGAGUCCCAGGAAAAUGAGCAAAAGGGGUCGGAAUCCAGAGGCUCCGAGAUUGAUCAGGUUGUUCCUGCAGCACAGCCUCCCUCGCUCGUUAGCUGUGAGAAAAGAGACAACAUGUUGCCUUUCGUGGGCUUGAACAAUCUGGGCAACACUUGUUACCUUAACAGCGUCCUUCAGGUGUUGUAUUUUUGUCCUGGUUUUAAAACUGGAGUAAAGCAUUUAUAUAAUAUCAUUUCGAAGAAGAAAGAGUCUUUGAAGGAUGAGGGAGAGCAGAAAGCAGAAAAGGGAAAUUGUAAAGAAGAUCCACUGGCAAGUUACGAACUGAUCUGCAGUUUGCACUCGCUGAUUCUUUCGGUCGAGCAGCUUCAAGCCAGCUUUCUCUUAAAUCCAGAAAAAUACACGGAUGAACUUGCUACGCAGCCACGAAGGCUCCUAAAUACCCUUAGAGAGCUCAACCCCAUGUAUGAAGGCUACUUGCAGCACGAUGCCCAGGAAGUUCUGCAGUGUAUCCUGGGGAACAUCCAAGAAACGUGUCAGCUGCUGAGGAAGGAAGAAUUGAACAAACUGCCCGUGGAAGAGCUGACAGUUAAGGUGGAGGAAAAACUUCAUCAAAAUACUGAGAGCAAUGGAACUGGCAGCCCUGCUGAGGAGAAGGAGAAUGUCCCAAGUAGCCACGUUGGAGAGACGGCCGAAGACAAGCUGCUCAAAGGAAACGGGAAAAGGAAAAGCGAUGCUGAGGGUGGCAACGCAAAGAAAAAAUCCAAAGUAUCAAAAGAGCAGAUUGCAGCAGAGGAAAAUCAAAGACAAACCAGGUCAAAGAGGAAAGCGACGGGCGAAAAGCUGGAAAAUCAAACGGAUGCCAUUGCCAAGUGUUCCACUGAAAAUGAGAGCGCAAAGCCGACCCAGAAGAAGUCACGGCUCAGAUUAAACUGGUUAAAGUCGUCCUGCAGACAACCUAGUAUUCUGUCGAAAUUUUAUAGCCUGGGGAAGUUAACGACAAACUUCGGAUCCAAAGACACAGGGAAAGAAUACGAUGACUGCGAGCUGCAAGAGUCAUCUGUCAAGUGUGAAGGCGGUAACAAUGUUAAAGAAGAAUAUCCUGAACCAGCGUCUCCUGGGGAAAACCAUAAUGAAAAAGGAACUGAAAGAGAACCAAAAAAGGAAGGUACAGAGCUGGCUGUUUUUGAACUAGUGGAGAAACUGUUCCAGGGCCAGUUAGUGCUGAGGACGAGGUGUCUGGAGUGUGAGUGCUUUACUGAAAGAAGAGAAGAUUUUCAGGACAUCAGCGUUCCGGUGCAAGAAGAUGAACUUUCUAAAACCGAAGAGAGUUCUGAAAUUUCUCCAGAGCCAAAAACCGAAAUGAAGACUCUCAAAUGGGCGAUUUCCCAGUUUGCGUCAGUGGAGAGGAUUGUGGGAGAAGAUAAAUACUUCUGCGAAAACUGCCAUCACUACACGGAAGCAGAACGCAGCCUUUUAUUCGAUAAAAUGCCUGAAGUUAUAACAAUUCAUUUGAAGUGCUUUGCUGCUAGUGGCUUAGAGUUUGAUUGCUACGGCGGCCUGUCCAAGAUAAACACUCCCUUACUGACACCUCUCAAGCUGUCACUGGAAGAGUGGAGCACGAAGCCGACCAACGACACGUACGGCUUGUUUGCCGUGGUGAUGCACAGCGGCAUCACCAUCAGCAGCGGACACUACACGGCUUCCGUCAAAAUCACCGAUCUCAACAGCCUGGAGCUGGAUAAGGGAAACUUCAUCACUGACCAGAUGUACGAAAUGAUUAAGCCGGAACCGCUGAACGAGGAAGAGGCGAGAACUGUUGCCGAAGACUACGACGACGGCGAAGUCUCUUUUAGAGUCAACGGAAACGCUCAGCCGGGUAAAGUUCUGACCAAGAAGAACAUGGAAGCCGUCGGACUUCUUGGGGGGCAGAAGAGCAAGCCUGACUGUGACCUGUACAAUAACAAGCCGGCUAACCCGGAGAAGUUUGUAAACGUCGUUAGCGAGAGCAGGAACCCCGAGUGUAGCAGCAGUAGCGGAAGCGUUGAGGACGGCCCGGCCCGCGGCCACCAGAACGGUGUCGCUUCCAGCGGACUAGAGAACAAAGCUCUGUACGUGCUGCAGAGCCUGAGGGAGUAUGAAGGGAAGUGGUUGCUUUUUGACGAUUCCGAGGUGAAGGUGACAGAAGAAAAGGACUUUCUGAAUUCUCUUUCUCCAACGUCAUCGUCUACGUCAACCCCUUACCUGCUGUUUUAUAAGAAGAUUGUUGAGUGAAUACUGUAUUUUGACUGUAAAUAUUAGGGAUUUGCAUACACCUUUCGGUCUAAUUUGCAUCAGAACUACCUGGAAGAAGCAGCUGUUUUGUUUUUGAA